CGUCAACCAGUUUUGCCACCACCGCAUACAAUUAACCAUCAGACUGCGGGUCCCACACGAUCUCUCUCUCUGUCUCUCUCUCUCUCACACACACACACACACAAGCACACACCGCGGCGAAGAAAGCCUGUGCGGAAAUCAGCUAUCGUGGUUCGCAGUACGAGAGAGAGAGAGAGAGAGAGGCAUAUGUACGGCAUCUGCGCAUGGUGGUUGUAACCUCUUUCUCAGAAACAGGAUAGAGGGAAUUGGGGAAAUGGGGAUCUUCUCAGCGAAGCCAAAAUCAUUCAAGAUUGACAGGAAAUCGCAGCUCGCUUCCAAUCUCAGCUCCUCUAUUUCCAGCAAACUCCUCCAAUUUCUGGGCAACUACUCCGACGACGUUCUUGCUGAGUACAUAACAGUGCUUGUUUGUAAUGGAAAGCAUCAGUAUCAGGCGAGAGAUGAUUUGGAGGCAUUUCUUGGGGAAAGAAGUGCUGAAUUUGUAUCCUGGUUAUGGGAUGUUCUUUUGAGAUGUUGUCCUCAAUCAAACAAAAACAUGGGCCCAUUGAAUUUAAAAGACUCUACUGUCAUUAGUCCCCAUGAAAGUGAUGAAGACGAGGAUGCAAAGGCCAACAAGUUGAUGGACAUUGAGAAUCAUGGAAAUGGCAAUGCUGAUGGAACACCGAAUGAAGAUGGAAGGCUCCACUGCCUGUCAGCGAAUAAUCAUGAUCCUUCUUCUAAUGGCAAGGAAUUUACUGAAAGUUUAGGUUGUCAGGGACUUGCUGCCCCUGUGGAUGAGUUCAAGGCCGAGAUAUUGUUAGAGGCAUGUGGAAAUGAAAUCUCAAGAAGCGUUGAUUCAACUGAAUACGUUCAUGAUGAUGGCUUAACAUUUGUGCGUACUGAAAAGAAAGUCUCUUCUGUGAUUUCAGUUGGUGGAGAACAAUACAUUCAUCAAAUGGAUAAAUUUGAGAAGACUGUCAACAGUAAAUGUAAUAGUUUGCCUAAUGACCUUUUGUGUUUUGCAAAGAGAGAACCGGUUUCUAGAAAUUUGCAGUCUUACAUUUCAGAAGAUUCACAUCCCAAAUACAUUCCAUCCGCCAAUGAUGCUGAAAGAAGUUCUUCAAGAGCAAUUUGUAAAACGUCCCACAAGAAUGACAAAUCACGGGGUAGUGUUUGGGAUAGAUUGGGCAAACCCUGUGAAGACAGUCUCCCAAAGGACACGACUGAUGUACUUGGUGUUUGUACUCUUGAUCAGCAAGUGCUUGACCAGCAUUUGUUAUCAUUUUCUGCAGCUAAUGGCAUACAAAGUAGAAACAUGAUUGGAGAAAUUCCUGUCCCAGGUAACAUCUGUGAAGGUCUCAACCAGUCUGGUGAAUAUAGCAGGAAAACAGAGCAUGGUGUGAGUGCAAUAUGCGAACUUCAAGUUGCUAAUAAUAUUGGGCGAAAGAGACACUUUGGUGAAAUUAGUACCAGACGUAGUACUGCUUCAGUUUGUUCAGUGGGUGAGGGAAACUCAAAUUCCCAAUGUAAAAAGAAUUCAAAAGAUUUUAAGAAACCAAACUUGGUUGCAGAGGCUUCUAAGACUUUUACCCCAACUCGGAUUUCAGCUGGAAAAUUAGAGACCAUAAAAAAUGGUCAGAACAUGGCGGCAAAUGUCAGGCCUGUGCAAACUGAAGUGCUGGACAUGAAACUAAAAUUGCGUCAGAUUGAAAUGGAAAUGUCUAGGCUUAGAUCAAAGCAAGCGGAGAUGAAAAAUGAUGGAACACCAAGAUUAUUGCCAAGUUCUGGUGGGUUGAAGCAUUCGGAGGAAGAUAUCGAGUCAAGAACUGUUUUUGUGACAAAUGUACAUUUUGCAGCAACUAGAGAAGCUUUAUUGAAAUACUUCUCCAAGUGCGGGGUUGUUCUUGAUGUCAUAAUCUUGAUUGACAAAGCAACAUCCCAUAUGAAAGGGUCUGCAUAUAUUAUUUUUGCCAGUAUGGAUUCUGUUGACAAAGCAGUAGCACUGAGUGGGACCUCGUUUUUUUCAAGAAUUGUCAAGAUUGUAAGGAAAUCAGAGGCUGCUGCAACAUCAGCACCAGCUGAGCUUGCUGGAAAGCCGCAAGCACAAGUUUCUCACAUCAACAGAAAGGCUGCUUCCAAGAGGCCAUAUUCUAGUUCUCAUCUACAGUGGCGCAGGAAUGCUGUCUCUGCUCGAUCGGAGCCAUCAGCCUCAGCCCAAAUCGGGGAUAAAGGAGUUGUUGCUUCUUCCUCCCAGCAGCAGCCUUCAAGUUCACUUGCGACUGUGAUGACCAGCGGAGCAGCAUCUUUAUCCACAAAGACCUCGACCCCUGCCUAAUUUCUCUGAUGAUAUAUAGAAUUACAGAACAUUCUUUGAUCCUUGACUCAUUAGGUGGUAUUGAUGCUCUGUUCAAUGUUGGCAUAGUAAUUGAAUUAGUAUGCCUUCAAUCUGAUCUUGAAUAUUGAACUUUGAGUUUUUUUUUGGUGGGGGGUGUUGAGCUGAUUUUUGCGUGAAUCAGCUUCUCUUUUGUCAGUUGAGCUCAUUCUCCCUUCCUGUUGUUUCAUUGGCAACUUUUAUAAAUUGUACGGUAAUUUGAAGGGAUCCCUUGCUUCUGAUCUUGUGUAACUCGGAUUUGUCAAAAUACAUAGUUCAGGUUACAUAGCAACUGUAUUGUACAGAGCUGCAUGUUACUUGAUUAAUGGAUAUGAAAACUCCCGAAAAUUUUAUUCA